AUGGCCAAUAUUGAUGGCGACAAUAACAAAAAAAAACAAACAACACUUUUUUUGUCUAGAUUAAAUGGGGAAUCUGAAUUUUUGAGUCCCACAUACACUCCAAACAUAAGCUAUAUUUCAAAAUGGUCAGAUCAACUUAAUUAUUUGAAAUUAAGAAAAGAACAAACUCAAAUCAACUUGGAAUGGGAAGAAUUUUAUUUCAGAAUUUAUCAUGCAAAAGCAUUGUAUAAAGAAAUUUCGG